AUCGUUCCGCUGGUUUCCUCCUUCGGAAGAAACAAAAAGCUAUUUCAGAAGGAACAGCCGAACAGAAAAGAAGAAGAAGAAGAAGAAGAAGAAGAACAAGGGUUUCUGAAUUUUGAUAAUUCGAUCUGAAUCUAAUAGGAAAAAGAAAUCAUUUCAAUUUCAUAUAUAAAAUGGAAUCGGAGGAUUCGGUGAGACUAGAAUUGGAAGAAUUGCAGAAGCAAUUGGGGAAGAAGCAAAGAUUCGAAAGCGCUGUUUCCUCUCUCAAAUCCAUGCUUCAGAGCAAAUAUCUAUCAGCUUCUCCAUCUCUUCGUAAAUCUUUUUAUUCGGUUAUAUGCCGAGUUGCUACCGUGUUGAAGACUAGAUAUACGGCACCGGGUUUCUGGAAUGCUGGCCUAGGCCUGUUUGAGCAGGCUCAAUUACUUGUUACUGAGCCUUCUGAGAAGGAGCACUUGAAGACUUGCAUUGCUCAGGCCAGGGAACACUUGCAUUUAGAAGAUAACCCAUCACAAACCUCGCAGCCUGCAGCGCAGAAUAAUACGAAUGGAGGAUAUCUUUUCGAGGGGCAUCUUACUGUAGAUCCCGAACCUCCUCAGCCUCAAUGGUUGGUGCAGUCAAACCUCUUGUCAACUGCUGCUACUUUGUUUGCUGCUGAAUCCUCUCAAGGUUCGGCAGCGACCGAUACCACACCAGAGAAUGCAGCUAAUGUGCUUCAAGAGCUUAUAAAUAGAUUGGAAGAAGUCAUGCCCCUGAUGAUUGAAGAUGGUCCUGUGGCUCCAAGGGCCCCUCCUGCCAGUAAAGAAGUCGUGGCGAGACUUCCUGUCAUUACUCUCACAGAGGAAAUACUGGCUAAGCUGGGGAAAGAUGCAGAGUGUGCAAUUUGCAGGGAGAACCUGGCUGUAGAUGACAAAAUGCAAGAGUUACCUUGCAGGCACACUUUCCAUCCACCGUGUCUAAAACCAUGGCUGGAUGAACACAAUUCUUGUCCGAUAUGCCGGUAUGAGCUGCAAACUGAUGAUCAUGCCUAUGAGAGCUGGAAGGAAAGGGAAAAGGAAGCUGAGGAGGAGAGGAAAGGUGCUGAAAAUGCCGUUAGAGGUGGUGAAUAUAUGUAUGUCUAGAUGGCUAUUCAGUGUAGGGUUAAUAUACAUAAUAACAUGGUGGUGCAAAACUGUUAUAAUUUAUAAGGUUUCAAUUGGUGAAAAGUAUAAUAUCAGGUGUAUUCUUUGUCAUAUCAAGCAAUAGAUUUAUGUUUCCUGCUAAGCCUUAAGCUUUUUGGAGGUUCUCUUAUCAUGGUUGUCCCUUGAAGUGCUGUUCAUAUCUCAA